AUGUACAUUCCGAAACAUUUUGAGUCCACAGAACUCUCAAAACAGGUUGAAAUUAUUAAAAAAAACCCGCUAGGAACACUAUUCUCCUCUGAGGCUGGCAGGCUAGGUUUCUUCAGAUGGAACUACCCUUCCAAUGAAGAUGAUCCUGAUUUUGAUAUGUGCGCAUCACAUAUUCCAUUUGUAUUCGGGGAGUUUGAUAGUGGAGAAUAUAAACUUAUUGCACAUUUAGCACGGAAAAAUCAACAAGUGGAAAUGCUGGAAAGAGUUCAGAAAUGCUUAGUGGUAUUUCAGAGCGUCGAUUCAUACAUUUCUCCGGCGUGGUACCCAAUGAAGAAAAAGACUCAUAAAUUCGUGCCAACAUGGGAUUUUGCCGCUGUGCACGUUUACGGUAAACCAAAGAUUAUCCGCGAUGAUAAAGACUGGCUCAUUAAUAUGUUAUCAACUUUGACUGACCAAGAAGAAGAGAAAAGACCUGAGGGGGAAAUAUACGAGGAAAAGUGGAGCGUUUCUGAUGCCCCAGAUUCCUACAUCGAUGCUAUGCUUAAAAACAUUGUCGGGCUUGAAAUUGAUAUUACUCAUAUUCAAUCGAAAUUUAAAUUCGAUCAAAAUAAAUCACAGGUUAAUGUUGAAGGCGUUGUUGAAAAUUUACUCAAAGAAGUUGGUGGAGAAAAAGGCCAAGAAAUGGCUCACCUUGUAAAAGAUAACUAUCCAGGUAGCUUAUAA